AUGACCGGUGGCCAUCCCCUCGAUGCUGAUAACGACUUGUCACCACCGCCAUCCCGAGAUCAAUCGCCGAGUCCCAGCAGCUAUCCCGAUGAGGAUGAGAUGGUGGCAGCUACAACCAGUCGACAACGGCCCAUGAGUAUGCCUCCUCAUAUGCAUAGCUUCCGAGGAUUCUCUCCCAUACCCGAUAAUGUGGUGCGUGCAAGCAGUCCAUUUGGACGACGCUAUCUGAAACCGAUUAAUGGAAUUCAGACCAAAGGAUUCGCCCGUUCAGCACAACGACGAUCUUCGGUUGUAACACUAGGAUCCAUUGAACGACUUCAAAACUUUUAUGCAGCCAAAGAACUCAAAGUCAACAAGACUGGUAUGCUUGGCUUUAGAAAGAGCGCAACACCUUUGGUUGAGGAACCUGAAGGAAUGAACGAUGAGGAUGAUGAUGAUGAUGCCGACUUGGAUCAAUUACCGACCCCUCAAGCACCACCUCCCAGUUGGAUGGAUUUGGAUGUGGAAACUGAUUUGGAUGUGCUCUUGAAAGAAUGCUUUGAUGAUAUCCAGCAUACGUUGACACAAUGGGCCAUGGUGACGGGUCCUCGGCAACAUCCUAGUUCCAGUAGUCAUGGUAGCAGCACCAGCAGCAAUGAAGAAGAGGAUAAGGGAUUUCAAAUAUUGCCAUUAUUGGAUUCAGUCACCAAGAUGAUCAACUCAGUGAAAAAUUACAUGCAUCAACGGCACGAUUUAUCAGACACAGCACAAAACAAGGUGCGACAUGCAGCUUUGGAUUUAUUGAAUGCCUUAAAGACGCUCGAGACUCGAUUUCGAAAAGAUGGCGAGAAUGAUGAACAUGGCGAAUAUGCAUAUCACAGCUCUGAAUUUGGCAUGCUGGAACAAGAACGAAAGGCUAUUCAUGCUUAUCUUUCCACAGUUGAAAAGUAUGCCUUCAAUCCACCCCAUCAUAUCGGUAGUCCACCUGCUGUAUUUUCUCCAGAGAUUCGAGCUCUCAUGCUAAAGACAGCUGUACAUCAUCAUCAAGAGGAGGAGGGGGAGGAGAAUCAAAAUGCUUCAUCAGGUGGCGGUGUGCCGGUGUGGCUGCAGCGUAGCACGUUUCAGAAUGACCCACAGGGUCGAUAUCAUGCAUUGCUGCAAGAUAACAAUAUCGAGACCACCGAAGAUGAACAAUCCACAACGUGUUUACCCGAUCCACAUGAAGAUCCUGAUGGAUUCCUGGCAUCCCUUGCAGAUGGUAUUGUUUUAUGCAAUGUAUACAACAAUAUCGUGAAACGAUCUCGACGUCCCUUUGGAUUCAUCAAUAAGGUUCACAAGGAUACCAAACGUACAUAUCGCGCCAUUGAGAACCUUCGAUUCUUUGCUGCGGCAUGCUCAUUCCGAUUCGAAUUAACCUUUGAGGGCUUUGAGCCUUCUGAAAUCGCUCGCAAAACAGAAAAGGGGCUUACAGCGCUCGACAAGGCGCUAACAGCUUUCUGUGAAUGUGUCAUUCGUGAAUUGAGAGAGUAUGUCGAUACCGCGAGCAAGCAGCGUUCACUACCAGCAAAACCACCCAUGCAUGAAGAUGUGGCUGACUAUCUCGACAAGAAGCUCACUCUCGAUGAUGAUGGCGAUAAUGACGAUGACCACCAGCAAUAA